UACAUAAUAUUUGUAAAGUGGUUUGAAACAAAAUUUGUAUCUUUAUCACAUAAAAGGUAUUUGUUAAGCGUUUUCAACAUUAUUCAAUGUACGUGACGAUGCAACUAUGAUCGCGAAGAGCUUAUUUAGCUUAGUGUCACGCGAGUUAUCGCCGUGUAUCUACGCGAGUUGUCCACGCUUUAUCUCCAGAACCGUUGCUCGUUCCUAUCGCAAUUUAUCAAUCAUUUUCAAUAACCGUGACAAAGUCGCGACGCGAACAUUGAAAGAUUCUUCGAUUCGAAAGAUCUCAACGCAAUUCGACAAGAUGGUAAAAGCGAAGAAAUACGUGCUGGUGAAACAUUUUGUAAACGAGCCAAAAGCGACGGAUCUGAAGUUGGUUGAAGAAGAACUACCACCUCUGCAGAAUGGAGAAUAUCUCGCGGAAGCUGAGUAUCUUUCCGUGGACCCGUACAUGAGACCAUAUGUUGCAAGAUUUCCGUCGGGAAUCACAAUGAUUGGAUCUCAGGUCGCCAAAAUCGUGGAAUCCAAGAAUCCCGACUUUCCGGUCGGCAAGAGAAUAGUUGGAUCCUUUGGUUGGAGAACUCAUACGAUAGUAAAUCCAAAGGCCACGAAAUCCGAAGCGGCAUUGAUACAAUCGUACAUUCUUCCAGACAUAGGCGAUCUACCGCCGUCCCUCGGUUUAGGUGUACUGGGAAUGCCAGGCAACACAGCUUAUUUUGGCUUGAUGGAGAUAUGUACACCAAAAUCCGGCGAGACAAUUGUCAUCAGCGGAGCUGCUGGUGCGGUUGGUUCUCACGUAGGUCAAAUCGCCAAGACUCUGGGCCUAACGGUUAUCGGUAUAUGCGGUUCUGAUGACAAGUGCAAAUGGCUCACCGAGGAGAUGGGUUUCGAUUCCGUUAUUAAUUACAAAACGAUGCCAGUCGCGACCAGUCUUCGCAAAGCUGCUCCACAAGGUGUCGACUGUUACUUCGACAAUGUUGGCGGUGAUAUCUCGAGCACGGUCAUAUACCAGAUGAAACUAUUCGGCCGAGUAGCUGUGUGCGGCAGCAUCUCGUCCUACGAUGCGGACGCUUCGUCCUUGCCUAAGUGCACACUUCUUCAACCUGCGAUGGUAUUCCAUGAAUUGAAGAUGGAAGGCUUUCUCGUUACACGCUGGCAAGAUCGUUGGUUCGAGGGAAUAGAAAAGAAUUUGCAGUGGAUUCGUGAGGGCAAACUUCAAUAUCGCGAGACUGUGACCAACGGUUUCGAGAACAUGUUCGAUGCAUUUGUCGGAAUGUUGCGCGGCAAUAAUUUCGGCAAGGCUAUUGUGAAAGUUUAAUAAGUCAUUGACGUUUUGGAACAUAUAAGAUAAUAUAUUUGCAUGUAUGCGUUUGCAAUAAAAAUAAAAGAACUUGGCUAAAAGAUUUUCCAAGUUGAACAGAAAAAAGCGACAACUUUGAGG